AUGAGUCAUAUAAGAACGUUCAUCUACAGUGAACUUAAACGACUUCUAUUUCAGAUUAUGAUCAAUGAUAAAACAUUGGUAACAAUGGAUGGUCGAAACGUUGUCUUUAGUGUUGUGCAAGACAGAUCAAAGAUACAAACAUUGACUCCAACUCUUUUUAAAAUGUCAACUCAACAGCAGCAAACAGCCGAGAAAAGUGUUCAAACACAAGAUUCAUCGGGAUCGACAACAUUGCUAGUAAACAAUAAUCCUGGCACGCAUGUUCAUACUGAGAAUACAGCUGCAGAGGUUGCCAAUACACUCGUAUCAAUGGCUACUGGGCGACAACGGACUAACACUGUCAAACAAGUAAGCGUCAUCAGCUUACCGAAUCAGACAACCUUACCAAUCAUUGCCCUUGCCGAUUACACUACUGCUCGAGGUGUACCUACCGCUAUGACUCUGGCUAAUCAAACAAAACUUACACCUUCAAAGAACAAUGAAUUAUUAGAUGGUAGUGAGAUGGAUACUGACGAAGUAUCUAUGUCUACUGAUGAUUAUAAUCAAAGUCAAAACGACAUGAAAAGUCCAUCAAAAUUGCGACGAGGAAAAUCGAAUAAAUCAGCUAAACUUGAUAAGCAACAAAAUGUGCAAGCAAUUCAAUAUGGACCAAUAUUGGUUAAACCAAGAAAAAGUGUGGCACCGACGCUUGCCAAUGGACGAAAAAGUAAAGACCAACCUCUUCCACCUGACGAAGAAUUGAAGCGUAAACAGCGUCGUGAUCGCAAUAAACAAGCAGCGGCUAAAUGUCGUCGAAAGCGAAAUAAUCUUCGUGAAGAUUUAGAACAGAUUGAAAAAGAAUUGAUGGAACAACAACAAGAUCUAGAACAUACAGUGCAAACAUUAAAUGAUCAACGCAAUCAACUCGAAGCGAUUUUACUUCGUCAUCCCUGUGCAAAGAAGACACGUUUACCCAUCACAACAGCAACUACCAAUACAAUACACUUAUCGAAACCCGAACUCAAAGUAUUUCCCACAGCUACUCUAUUAGACUCGAAUAAUAACGGUAACAAUAAACGUGUUACGAUCAAUUUUACCAAUGCGCAAGAUUUACUUGCCGUUGCGCCACUGACACGCAUAACACCAACAUUAACGACUACUGAUGGGUCGUCAUCAACUGUGCCGAUGAUCACAAUUCAUAUUAUUCCUGAAGUAGCCCAAGCCCUAUUAGGAUCAUCAACAGUCGAUAAAAAUAAAUUUGUCGAAUUAAUCCAACAAGCCAGUGUCAAUACUAAUAAUUCAUCAGCAACAUCUGAUUCGACCACUAUAAAUACGUCUUCGAACAGUACCAGUUGA